GUCAGUUGACAUCGUCGACUUCAGCGAGGCGCGCCGGAGGCGACACGCAGACGGUUUUUUUUUUUUUUUUUUUGGGAGAACUUUGAUAAUUUUCCCCACUUCGUCGAAAAGGGAUAAUAGCGCGAACGUACAUUAAUAUUACUAACAUUAGUUGCAAAAACAUGCUGGAUGCCUGGUUUUAUCAUUGGUUCUUCUUUACUUGGUGGUCCGUUAGAACUGCCAGCUGGAUUAUUUUUUGCAGCGCUGCUUGCUGACCAAAAUUAAGUUACUUAAUCUUUCCCGGGAUUUAAGAUCCAACGAUAUUUCAUUGGACCAGUUUGUAAAACGAAGUUAAAUCGUCGUUUGAAUCAUUCUGAUGCUCAGCUAGCUAGACUACAGCUAGUCAGCCGGGGCUCGCUGCGCCCAAGCCGGGCGAAGAUUGACGCGGCACGGUGUCACCCAACUGAAGAGGAUCGAGCUUAUUAGGCGACAAUGCUUGAAAUAAUGUCCGAACACCAAGAUUCAUUACUGAAAUGCAAAGCAGAGACUCCGCCAUCAGGGAGGAAAAAGAGGACAGUGGAGGACUUCAACAAGUUUUGCAGUUUUGUUCUUGCGUAUGCUGGUUACAUCCCUUCUCCAAAAGAGGAAAGGCCAUGGUCACCAGCAUCCUCCAGUUCUCCAAACAGCUCUGGUGCUUCAGGUGAAGGCAGCGUUUUAGGUGGAGCGAGUUCUAACAUGGCUCCCAACUGGAGUCACGGCACGUCGGACUUGCACACCAUCCAUACCUUUGUUCGCAAGGCUCGUGCCAAUAAGAGCAACAAGAGCAUGAGGCGGCUGUCAUCUGACAGCACCAUAAUGGGUAAAAUGUGUUUAAAAGACAAUUUCUAUGAGGGUCAGGUGGCCAGCAAAGCUGAGCGCAAAAAGGACAAGAAGCUGAAGCGACUUUCUCUAGGUUCAGGCGCUGGUGAUGGCAGCAGCGUUGGCGAGAAGCGUGCAAGGAUCAAGCGUAGUAAAAAUCCCAAACAGUCCAAAGCCCUUAAGAAGCUUAAGAGCUCGGCCCACAGCGAGACAGACUCCGAGAAUGGUCUCGGGCAUGGAGAGGAGCUUUUGGACCAGGGAGCAGCGGCUGAGCGCAGACUACAGGCCCAGGUGAAAGAAGAAAAGGAGGAAGCCACCAGAGAGGCAGAUAUGAGUUCCAGUGAAGGCGAGACUUGGAUAGCGGAUGAAGACAUAAUGGUAGAGUCAGGGGAUGAUUCAUGGGACUUGAUCACCUGUUACUGCGGUAAACCCUUUGCAGGACGGCCCAUGAUUGAAUGUAGUCAGUGCAGUGUGUGGGUGCACCUCUCUUGCGCCAAAAUUAAGAAGUCUAACGUCCCUGACAUAUUUAACUGCCACAAAUGCAGAGACUCUCGACGGUCAAGUCAUAAGAAAGACACUUAGAUGAGGGGUGUUCAUUCCCUCAAUGCGCUGAAUGUUCCCAGUUCUCCAGUUUUUGUAUCCAAAACAAUUUUUAGUUUCAAAAUCCAUUUUGUUCCUCUCUUUCUUUGCAGUUCUAGUUUUGGCGACCAGUUACUCCUUACAUGCUUAACAGUCAAUAGUCUCCAUUGCAGAGUUCACUGAGAAAUAAUGUUUGAAUCGAUCACUUACCUCCUGAGUUGGUAAUUGAUCUUGGCUCAUUUGUAACUAUUCCACAGAUAUGUACACUAUUCUUUGUCACACAAAAUUGUAAUUUGUUUAAAGUAAGCAGCUUACAUAUUUAGUAAGUGGCACAAUUUUCUUUUGGAGAAGUUGGAGAAGCCACACUACAUUUUCACAGAUGUAUACUAUAUUGGUUACUUUGGAGAGAGUCUAUUUAAAAGUGUAAAAAAAAAAAAGACCUACGAAAUACAGAAAAAAUGUUGUCAUGAUUUUGCCAAAAAGCUGCUAUGAGAGAUUGUUGACACUGCUGUUACUAGAAAAUGCAUUAUUUCUUGGUGAACCGGGCAGUUGAUCUUUUUUCACUGGGAUAGAUUCCAUUGUUUGAAGACUAAUAGAUAAUUCAUAAUAAUUUCCUGUAGGUGACAUAAGACCAUUUGAUUACAACCUCUUAAUUUGAUAUUUAUGUAAGAAAUCGCACCCAAAUGGACUUGACCAGUCAGCUAACAUGUAUUAGAUUUUCAGAUAUAGCGCUAUACGAGUCAUUUAAGCAGGGAUUGCAUUUAGUUGCAAUUAUUGAUAUCAAACAUCUAAUUCUACUGGUAAUAUAUAGUAUAUUAACUCAUGUACUUUGUCGAAGAAGCUAUCAAUACUGUUUGGUCUUUAAUUACUUGCACAACAUAGUUUUUUUGUUUAGUUUUUUUUUUUUCUCAAUGUGUUCCAAUUUUUGGAAGAUUUCAGUUUAAAAAGAUGUAAAUGCUAGUUUUAGGAGCUUUGCUGAAGCUUUCCUCGAAUGAAAUGGUUGUAAUUAUUGAUUUCAAGAAGUGUUUGGGGGUUUUAAACUCUGAGAACUGGUGACGAUGACACAUUUAUGCUACAAGCUCUUUCUUUUGAAAUAGUUUGGAGACUAUUGUUUGAGUUUUUUUCCUUUGUGGUUUAUUUGUGAAGCAAGGGGGAUUGGAAAUCCCCAAAAGCCAGACUUCUCUCGCUUCAUGUUUCACACAUAUCACAGAUUUUGAGAAGUGUACAUAUCUGAAAGUGAAGAGAAAAGCAAAGCAAAUGGUUUAUUUUAUUUUUAUUUUUUUGCAUCUGAUAUUGUUUUCUUUAACUACCUGGAGAAAUAAAACUUUUCUUUAUCGGG